AUGGUCUUCUGCGCGUACUGCGGGAAGAGCUUCACCCGCAAAGAGCACCUAGAGAGGCACAUCCCAAGCCACACCAACGUGAAGCCUCACAGAUGUAGUGCUUGCCAGCUCUCCUUCGCUCGCAGGGAUCUCUUACAAAGACACCACUCCACAUACCAUGAAGCCAGAGAUCCGAUGGAACCUCUUCCUGGCGGAGUCCCCACAGUUGCUGGCAGGACGCCUAUAGCGUGCCAGAAUUGCGCGAGCGCAAAGACGGGGUGCGAUAAGAGGGUUCCUUGCAGUCGAUGCGCCGAGAAGAACCUGCCAUGUGCUGCUCGAUUUGCGCGACGCUCCUCCAAGGCUGCUGUGAGAGCAGCACAAGCCAGUGCUGCAAUGAACAGCCAGGGAUUACCUGGAGCUCAGACUCCAGCAAUGCCAGCAGUCUCAUCCUCGAUGAUGGAGAUCGACCAGAACCUGGCAAAGUCAGGCUCGCCAGGCAAAGGCUCCCCUUCCGAAGACGUCGCAUGCGCCGACUUGAAGUUGCUCUCAAGUCCCCAGCAAAAGUCGCCCCAAGAAGACAAUCAUUUCAGCCCAGGCGGAUUUUCACCUCACAGCAAGCUCGAUGUGAUGAACGACUUCAUGCAGCUCGGGACGGACUUUGUGACGCACGAUCAAAACUAUUCGGAUCUGCUCGUCUGGCCUGAGUACCCCAUGGAGCUGGACAUUUAUUCAAACGCCAUGGCUAUGCGACCAGACAUGGGCCACGGUAUGCCCGCUUUUGCAGAUAUCAGCGACUCGUGUUCCAACUCUGAGCCCAUGACAGCCACUUCAUCGCGCGCAUCAGUCCACACGAGGGGAACAAGCAUCAUGUCAACCGCGAGCUUUGAUCCCAACAAGUGCAUAGACAUGGCGAUGCGGACCCCAAAGGACGCGAACAUCCCAGAAUUCGAAGUCGUUAUAGCGUCAGAGAACUCGUGGCCAAUGGCUAGGUGCAACCCACCUACUUUCUCCGGUAACUGUCCACGGACGGCGAUCGUCCAUCUUGAGGCGCUCGAGCAAAAGUGCCAGCAAGAAGGCACGUGGGACGCGCUGGACAAGUACCUGGGACAGUUUGGGAACGAACCACCUCACAUGCCGACAGUUGUUCCAACCUCGCGGACACGUGACAAGAUGACGGCCAUCACGCAGUCAUUCUUACACAAGGCCCUCGAGGUCCACAGGCUGGGGACCAAUGGCUACUCCAAAUCAGGUUAUGCCAGCCCGGGAGGCAUGUGCAACUUCAUCAUGCUCCCACCGUCCAGUGUUCUUGAGUACUUUCUCAAGAGCUACGUGCGCAGCCUGUACGGGUUUUACCCAAUGAUUUUUGCAAUGAGCCUGGACCCGAAUGAGAUGGUUCAGAACACUCAGGCUGCAACAUUACUUGUGCUCCUCAUGAUUGCACGAGGCGCAGCAGCCGUCCCGAUGGCGGAGGCACGAUACCUCUCUGCCGGCCUCACAGAAACUUGUCGCAUCUCACUGUUCGACAUCAUCGAGAAGGAUGUCGAGCUGUCAGCCGACCCGAUCGCACUGCGUUGUGCACUGCUGUUCACCCUCUUGGGUGCAUGGAGUGGAGACAAGUGGCAGAUGGACAUUGCCAUGGGCCAGCGGGGCAUGUAUCUGACGAUGUUGAAACAUGCUGGCAUGUUAGAGCCACAACCAUCGAUGAUACCAGCUUUCAAUGAUUCUACGAGCACUGAGCUUCAGUGGAGGGCAUGGAUGCACCGCGAGACACAGAACAGGCUUGUUUACAACUGGGUCAUGGUGGACCAAGAGUUGAGCCUGUUCCACGAUACUGCGCCGGUCCUUUCCAUUUCUGAGCUUCACUGCCCACUACCGGGCUCUGAACUUUUGUGGCUCUCACCGAAUUCUGAGCAAUGGCUGGCUGGGAUCCAGUCUCUUUACGGCUGCACCAAUAACGUAAACCCGCAACUACUUACUACCCCUUCUCUCACCCCUUCACUCUUUGAUCUCUUCCAAGACUUCCUGCAUGACAACCUUUCCCGUCGACAGUCCAGCCUGACCCCACAACAACUUCGCCUUCUCCUGCAUCCUAUCCAGUCACUCCUGUGUCACCUGCGGCAGAUGCUCUCCUGCUUCUCGGACAUUCUCGGCGCCAGGCGGUCAACAGCUCACACUGUGACAAGGGCAUCGACAUUCCAACGUCUGGAAGAAGUCCAGGCCCUGCUCCAAAAAUGGUAUGAGCUUGCCAUCGUCCAGCACAAGGCCAACCCGAAUUGCACAAAAACGCAGUGCAACAUUGUGCUGUACCACCUCAUCUCCCUGAACGCCGUGACCAACUUCCCUGAGAUCGAGAGGCUGGCACGCAGGGAGGGCUUUGAGGCCGGUGGCCCAACCUACUGGGAGUUGAGCCUGAGGCACAAGAGGUGCAUCUACCAGCGCGAGGAGGCCAUAUUCCACUGCGGCCAGGUCAUGCGACUACUGCGGUCCAUACCCGCGGACAAGCUGCCUCCGUGGUGGAGCACAGCGACAUACAGGGUCACACUGAUUCUAUGGACGGACGCCAUCGGAAGACUCGACCCGAGCUUCAAGACAGCCAUGAACGACAGUUCGAGCCCCGAGAGCGGCAGCGCCCCGAGCAGCUCCGUCGUGGCGGUCGAUAGGGUGACCCCUGAGGACCCGGCGGUGAUUGCGUACCUCUGGAGCGGAGAUGGGACAGCCGUGCUCUCGCGGGACAACGGCACCGCAGUGAGCCUGGACAGCCCCGCCAACAUCUUGGAAGUGGGGAUACAAACUAUUGACAGCGGGAUAAGCACACGCAUUGGGGACGGGAUCAAAAGGAAGCUGGCCACGCUGGCCGACAGCUGGAGUUCGGAUAUGAUUGGCGCCGUGGCUGCUUGA